CUGUUUAAAACAGCCACAGAAGUGAACAGAAUUUGCCGUUCAUUGCUGGUCAAUUUUAUAUUAAUUACUACUCCCGUUUGAAUUUAUCAAAUUUAAAUUAAGAUGUUUUUAACAAGAAGCGAAUACGACAGAGGUGUAAACACCUUCUCGCCGGAAGGCCGACUCUUCCAAGUCGAAUAUGCUAUUGAAGCCAUCAAGUUAGGUUCAACUGCAAUUGGCAUCUGCACCAGUGAAGGUGUGGUGCUUGCUGUAGAGAAGCGUAUCACUUCUACACUCAUGGAACCAAACACCAUCGAAAAGAUUGUUGAAAUUGAUAAACACAUUGGCUGUGCUGUAUCUGGGCUUAUGGCUGAUUCCCGUACAAUGAUUGAUAGGGCUCGCAUUGAAUGCCAAAACCAUUGGUUCACAUAUAACGAGCGCAUGACGGUGGAGUCCUGUGCACAGGCCGUCUCCAACUUGGCUAUCCAAUUUGGUGAUUCUGAUGAUGAUGGCUCAGCCAUGUCUAGGCCUUUCGGAGUUGCCAUCUUGUUUGCUGGUAUUGAUGAGAAGGGACCACAGCUCUAUCACAUGGACCCAUCUGGUACUUUUGUGCAGUUUGAUGCUAAGGCUAUUGGUUCAGGUUCUGAGGGAGCUCAGCAGAGUUUGCAGGAAAUGUAUCAUCGCAGUAUGACGCUCAAGGAAGCUACUACAGCCUCUUUGACGAUCCUGAAGCAGGUCAUGGAGGAGAAACUCAACUCCUCAAACGUUGAAGUUAUGACCAUGACACCUGGAGAAUUUUUCCACAUGUUCUCAAAAGAGCAGGUUGAGGAGGCAUUAAAUCUUGUCGUCCCUAUGGAAAAAUCGCAGGGAGAUUUACCGGCAGCAGCCGCGUCCAAAGCAACUGCUAAUGCUUAAUUCAAUAUUUCAUGGAUAUGAAUGAGUAUGUUUCGCGUAUUUGUUAUUAGAAAUACACACACCUUUCUUUUCUUUCAUACAAUUAAGCUAUAUUUAUGUUAUAAGUUUCUUAAGAUGGUAAUUUUUUUCUUUAA